AUGGAGAAGAUUCCCGUUAAAUUGUACGUGUAUGAUAUUUCAAGAGGUUUUGCAAAGCAGUUGUCGCCACUCCUGUUAGGUGAGUCUUUUAUCCAUCAGUGAAAAUUAGGCUCGAUCUCUGCAUGCUGAGUCAUUCGAAUGAGGGACUUCUCUUACAAAAUGGGAUAUUAUCUUAUCAAGAAGUUGAUGAUUAUCUAUCCUUAUUAUACCGACAGGGAAAAGAAUUGAAGGAGUUUGGUAUGUAAAUUUAAAGUUUAAUUUCAUUUUAGUACCAAAAUUAGCAAAAUGCUUUAGCUAAAUAGUUCAGUGAAUAAUUAUAAUAUUGUUAGAGAUCUGCACGCUCACUUCAACUGGAGACAAAAAAAGUUGUCACAUUAGUUACCCUUAACCAAUUUACUUGGCAUGUGUAGAAUUUGAAACCUCGUUCUUGGAAAGCUAGCUGUUAUAGAAUUAUUUAACAAAAUAUACAGUCUUUAGAGACCCGGUGAUCCUGGUCCUGCUGUCACAAAACAACAUAACUUGUAUAAGGGCUUCUGAUAUAACAGUAUGCAAAAUGUGCAAUUUUUCAAACCCCAUCCAAAUCAAUCACAAUUGUGUUUCAGUUAAAAAUCCAGUUCAAAGGCUCUGCAUGCAGAGCCUUUGAGACUUUUCUAACAUUCAGAUUCUGAAUGAAAUGGGGGUACUGGUGCAGAGAAAUUUCUGAUAUUGCUUGACAACAGACCCUUUUGUGGGAAUAAACUGAAGUCUUGAGUCCGCAUGAUACCCGUAUCAGAUUGAUUGUUCUAAAAUGUUGGUGCUUUUAUGUAAUCUUAUUUUAAUCAAUUAAUUAAAGGCACACUGGUAUAGUCUGCUUUGGCAGAGAGUACUUUUAUGGUGGAGGUGGCAUAGAGAGCUGUUUACCAGUAAGUUUGUUUUUAUAGUUAGAACUUUGUUUUGUGUUUUACCUUAAACUGCUUAACAAGCUCAGAAGCUAAGACAUGCCAUAACAAUACGCACGGUAAUCAAAGUCUUAAGCUAGCGUACAUUGAUUGACUUAGUCAUGUUUUGGCUGGUGUAAGCCAGUAGCAGUGAUUUUGUUACAAAUAGUUAUGGUGAGUCCAGAGACUCAUCUUGUGAAUAAUCAUGAGUCCCAGUCCCAGAACCAUUGAGUACCAGUUCCAAAAACAAUAUCCCUGGGUCUUUUGUAACCACACAGUUAAUCUGAAGGCAGACUCCAAACUCUGUAUCAGUACAGUUUACUGAAAUAAAAAUGUACUUCUUCUAUUGUAAAGCACAUAUUUAACAAAGACUACAAGGAAUAAGCAUCAUGUCACAACAGCCACAAGAACAGCCACAGAAAUCACACAAACAGGAUAUUCUACGAUGACAUCUUCAUGUCAAUCAAUUGAUCUUUGCAUCCUAUGGGGCGCAUACCACAAAUUAUUUGCAUCUUUGGGGAUUUUUUUGCAUCAGGGAUGCAGGAUGCAGGGGUAACAAAAUCACUGCAUCAGCAUUGCCACUUGAUAAAUAUAGAUAUAAUUCAAAUGACUUAACAGCUAAAAAAAAUAAAGUAUGCAGCUUUAUAUCUAGUGAAUGUGUAUACUUGUAUGUGAUGCCAGUUGGUGUACACUUAACUCAUUUGUUUUUUUUUUAUUACUUUAAAGGGAGAACUUAACAAUUUUCAGUCAGUAAUGUAUAAUAAUUAACCUUAUAUAUAGAUACUGAUGAAAUACUAGGAUUUUUCCUGUUACUAAAAAAUCAUAUCUUCAUCAUGCGCAGUGAAGGUACUAUUUUUAUCUUUCACUUGUGAGGAUAUUGGUGUCAGCAUGGUUACUAACUUUUUGGAACAGAAAAUAUAAGUAUUAUUGUCUUUAUUAGCCUGCGAACGGCAGACGUUUCUUCCCGCUCAUCUCCGCUGAGGGACGUUUCGUGUGAAGGAACGCCUGCGACUCAGCGACAGAAAUUCCAUACUGAUGAUAAAUCAAUGCUUGCUUAAUAAAUCCGGUAGUCAUGGGGUUCCAAAUGCAAAUUUGCUCCAUUUUACGUUUCUCCUAGCUAGCAAUAGCGAGAACAAUGAAACUACUCCAUCGACCAAUUAGCGCUUCUGACUGGAUUCCGGACAGAUUUUGCGUCAUCAGUAUGGAAUUUCUGUCACUGAGUCGCAGAUGUUCCUCCUCGCGAAACGUCCCUCAGCGUCGAUGAAUGAGGAGAAACGUCUGCCGUUCGCGGGCUAUGUCUUUAUUUCUUUUUUUGAAAAUAUAGCAAUAAAUAUUAUAAUAAAUAUUUAAUUUGACACUAAAUGAACUUGCUCAGCCUCUUCAAGUUCAAAACUACUCUUGUUCACGUUUGGUGAAUUUUGGGUGUGAAAUUGCAAUGUUUGGCUAUAUACAGGGCUUCUGAUAUUUCGCGGAAAAAAAAGCAAAAUUUCGCGGGAUUUUCAGGGGCAAAUUCGCGGAAAAAUCGGCCGAUUUCGCGGGACUUUCGCGGGAAAAAAGUCAAAAUUCGCGGAAAAAUAGACCGAUUUCGCAGGAUUUUCGCAGGAGAAAAGACAAAAUUCGCAGAAAGUCGGCCGAUUUCGCGGGAUUUUAGCGGAAAAAAGUCAAAUUACGAAGGAUUUUCAGGGGCAAAUUCUAAGAAAAAUCGGCCGAUUUCACGGGAAAUUUCGGGGGGAAACUUCGCCAAGAAACAAUCAGUGAAAAACAGCCGAUGUCGCUGAAUUUUUGGGGGGCAAAUUUAGCUAAAAUCGAUCAAUUUUGCGUCGAUAUGACCAGCGUUUUUUGACGUUUUUUUAACAGGGAUAAUCAUUUACUCUUUCCACAACAGUUCGCUCGAGAAAUGAGCGAAUGCUGAAGCUAUUAACAUUAUGGUUAGUACCCAGCUUUUCGCAACGUUCAUCUAAAAACGCCUGGUAGUUUUGGGACGUUGUUUACUCGUUGCAGUGACGAAUUGGACGAUUGGGGUGAAUAAAACAGGUCUAAUAGCCAAGAUAAGUAUUAAAUAUGUUUUGCCGACAUGUAUUUGGAAAUAUUUCUGGCGGAUUUCGCGGUAUUUCGCGUUUUUUGGGGAAUUUCGCGGGUCCGCGCGAAAUAUCAGAAGCCCUGUAUAUACAACAUUGAUUUGUCUGUUAGUAAACAAUGGAAGUAAAAGAUCUUCCAUUUUGCUCACAUGGCUAAUAUGAUCCAUUAGUUAGCAAACAUUAUUGUAACUACAUGUUAAUUUUUUGAGGGAGGAACUAUUCUUGGUAGUCCUGAUGAGGUGGUAGAUUUGGGAGACACUGAAAUCUUUCAAGAUGUUUUUGAAGAGUUCUUGAAUGGAAUUGGGCAACAAGAUUUUAGGUAAUUUGUUAAUCAAGUCUCAAUUUAAUAACAUGAACUGUUCUUUCCAGUCUUGUUAGAUAUAUGGAAUUAGCCACAUAUAUCAUAAAAUCAAACUAUAAGCCCAACUCGAUGUACUUUUUUGUGAGGAUGUGAUAAACAGUAAAAAAAGUUGGUCCAGCAUUUUAUCAAGUUUACUAUAGGACUGUUACUUGUUUCAAAGUUCAAAAAUACAUGGAAUCCUUUUUCUGCGUAACAAUCUGGACACCAAAAAAUUCAGCUUCAACCCGACCCUUAAUGUCUUAGACCUAAGAUCUUAGACCUAAAACUUUGGUUGACAUAAGGUGUCAAUUUGAAAGCCAUUAAAAUUUGGCAUGGCCUCAGGUCAUUUAAUAGUCUUAAACUUUCUUGAUUUGAAGCUUAUAGAGAUUGAAAAAAAGAAUUAAAACAAUGCCAAAAUACAUCUUAGUUAUCAUGGCAGAUCAGACACAGUAAUGCGUGAAACAGUGUUGCAGUUAACUAAUUUCCUUUUCAACCCGCGGGACCUGAUUUUGCCAGUAAGGAAUUUUUCUACUUCCAUUUUCUAUCAGGGAAUGCAGGCUGGACCUUUGGUUUUUAGUUUUCCUGUGAUGAAACUUUUUUUGGUAUUUUUUUUUUGUAAAAAAAUGCUGUUCAAAAGUGUAACCACUGAUCCAUCUUAAAAUCCCCUUGAUAAUUAACAGACCAGAGAAGUACCACUUGUUUGAACACAACUGCAACACAUUCUCCGCCGAAGUUGCCAUGUUCUUAACAGGCAACAAAAUCCCUCAACACAUUCAGGAUCUUCCAUCAGAAGUGCUCAACACGUAAGUUAGUUGUUUAUUUUCCCCUAAGCAUCAUGUCAAUAAGAGUUAAAAUAUAUUAUAUUUUUAAUAAUUACUUGAUCAAUUUUGGCAGCUGGUGUCAUAUAGGAAGUCCAAUUUCUAAUUUCUAGGGUCAAAAAAUAGUUAUCAGUAUUUAAAAUAAUUUAUGUUUAAGUUGAUAUCAGUUUUUUUUUGGAGCAAAUUUUUGUGUAUCAAAUGCAUCUUUAUAAUAAUUACAGUCAAGUAACAACAACAAGACUGAUUAAAACAAUAUGCCAAUGGAGGCUCCAUUUUGUUUAUAUUUCAGUUCAUUUGGCCAGAUGAUAAGACCUAUUAUUGACUCCAUGUCUGUAAGACCAACUGCUGCAAGUGGAACAUCAUCAGUAUCACAUUCAAGCUCAGCAUCCUCAUCAUCAACAACACAACCAGAAUCCAUAUUUGAGCCAAGAGAUACUUCAUCAGCCAAUCAGACAGCUGCAGGGAGGAGGGGUCAACCAGAUGGCUGGUCAGUCUGUUUUAAAUGAGCUUAAUUUCGAACCUCCAUAUAACGAAGGGCCAAGGGACUGGCCAAAUUGGCUCACAAAAAUGAACUUUCAUUAUGUCAGGGUUUGUUUCUUGUAUUUUACUAUUACUGGGGUGAAGAAUAUCGUUCAACAACAACAUUUUCUUACAAAUGACAAUCCCUGACUUUUCUUAUGCUUUACAUUUUUCAGUGUGGCGCAAAAAGGCGAAGGGUGGGUAUGGAAAGAGAAUAAUACAAAUACUCCUACAUUUGUCCCUUCCUCUGAUCUCCCACGCCUUUGGAACGGACGUGCCACGGAGAUUAGCUGUUGUUUUUAUUCUUACUUAUUCUUACUUACACACAGGCCGCUAUUAUGGAUAUUAUGGAUGGCUGUGAGGGAGAGGUUAAAAUUGUUGGUUCAGUUGGUCAGGGAAAUUUACAUUAUCAAGAAAACAUCCACAAGAAAACAGGUGUUAAGAGGUUAAGAGGGAGUUGCCUGUAUCUGGAAUAAGCCUGAAUUCUUAGUUCUGUAUACAUGUUUUACUUUUUUAACAAGGCUAAAUUUUUUUUUCCAAUUGACAGUCAAAGCUCAGUGCUGAGAAAGGCCAACACAUUCAACCAAGUUGAUGUAAGUCUGUGAAAUUUUAUAAAAUAAACCUUGGAAAUCCUUAUUUCCUUACGGCCUUGUAGUGUCUUGUGAAUUUAACGUUUUACAUUCGUUUAUAUUUUAUUUAGACGGCCUCAGAUGUAGCUCAGCUGAAAGACAUUCUUACAGACACAAAAGAAUUUUCAGAUGAGGAGUUGAGUCAUCUUGAUGAAUUAAAAGACUGCCUACAUAACAAAAAUCUGAUAGGAGUGCAAGAAAGGCAAAUUCAAGUUCUUGGUAAGUUCAGCUUUAACACUGUGCGUUAUUUUUCCUUACGUUUUUGUCUCCUGUCACCUCCCUCGUUAGAUAAAAGUUACCUUCGUCGUGAAUUACAUGGGCCAUAUGCCUCCUUCCCCCCACCCCUCCCUUCACUUUUUGGGUGAAAAUGGAAGGGAAAAAAAAUUACAACUUUAUUGUCGAAAAUACUGAUUUAAUAACACAACGCAGUACCCCGUUCAAUUUUACAAAAUAUGUUGUUAGGGCUAAUUUUUAAACCUCUCAAGUCCGUUUAAAUCCCUGUAAUGCUAGAAAAGCACAGAUGGAGGACAACCCGACGUACAUUUUCCCGGAACUAAACAAGACUAUAACAGAUGUAUCAGAUAUUUUGAAGCCCUGGACUUGCUAUUGAACCGGGAUCAAGUCUAGAUUGAUCAACCAGAUUAUAAAAUCCAGGAGCGUAGCGUCCACCUACGCACGUCUGGAAAAUAAUUUUUUUAUAUAUGUUAUAGGUCAAAUUUGAUUUCAGGUUAAUUUUGAUUUAACCUAGGCUGAUUCUUUAUUUUUUCCUUUGUCUCCUAGCCGUAAUUCAUAAAUAAUUAGGGCUAGAUAGAAGACGAGACAAAUAGAGAAUCAACCUAGGUUAAAAAAAUUUAACCUGAAAUCAAAUUUGACCUGUAACAUAUACAAUGAUUUCCUGCAAGCACUUUUAUCAUUAAACAUUGAGGGUGACUGGUUUUUUGAAUUCGCAUCAUAUGAUCUUAUAUUGGUGUCUUUUGCCCGUCUGAAGGGUAAUCGUCUCGCCCUUUAUAGCCAGUGAAUCACUAGGGAUGUUUCACAAUAGAGACGAGAAUUGACAGCUGUCAUACAGGCUCUAUCACCCUUUGCUUGUAAUUUCCUUGAUGGCGUCACUGUUUUACCUUUUUCCGCAAACACUGUACCACAACACUAGAUAUGGGUAAAAUAUGUUCUAACCAUUUGCACUUUCUUUUGUAUUGAGUAAAAUGUCCUGUGGAUAACGCAGAACUACAGUGGCAUUUCCGAGCCCCUAAAUUUAAACCUUUUCUGUGGGGAGUAUGCCCCGGACAUCAUUCCCCCUACUUUGGAGCGCCUUCGGCCUUCUAACUUUUCUCCCUAACGUACACCUUCAAAAUCUCAAGCUACGCCCCUGAAAUCUAUACGAAUCUCGAAAACUUGCUUCUCACAACGGUUGCAGGAGGCGAUUUCUCAAGUGAGCCAUUAUCAACCUGUAACUUUUAUGGUUCAGAUAUAAACUUGGAACGUCUCGAAACACAGCUUACUAUUUUGAAAAUUCAUGCUCAAGAAAGUUCCAUAGCCUUUGUGUCAUCCAUAAUAGAAUUUCUUAAUGCAAAUGGACCUGCUUCAUUCAGAUAGACUGCAACAGGUUUUAAUAGUCAAACUGAUAUUAGUUAUGCGUGCUACAAAUGCUUUGAGUAAAAGGUCUUUCAGUGCCACAACAGUCGUACCCACCCACUUUCAAAUUCGUUCCUACGGGCCUGAUAUUAAAAGAUUUUAGUUACUCAAUCUGUUUGCCUGAUCAUCAUCAUCAUCAUCAUUAUCAUCAUCAUCAUCGUCAUAGCUCGUCUUGUCAAAGCGAAGCAAAGCAAAGCAAAGUGUGUUGUCACGUCAACCAAGUUGCUCGUGCCAACAACAACAACACCAAAUACUUUAUUUGCAUGACCAUUAAGGAAUUACAGUAUUACAAAAGCUAUUAGUCUAAUUUAAAUACUAAUUCAACUAAUUAGUAGGUGUAAAACAUUACAAAAUGUUACAGUUCUCAUUCAUUAAUUCAUUCAUUAAUAUUAAUUGGUUCUUAAUUCAAAGCGUUGCGAGAUAAGUGAAACUAAUUGACAGUUAAUUAAAUAAUCAGAAUUCAUAAGAAGAGAUAUUAAAGUAUCGUGUGAAAGUGAUUUGAAGUCAGGUAUUUUAGUUUCUAGUUUGGAGAAAUUAAUUAUAAGGCCGCCACCUGCCCCUUGCAAUAGUUACCUGUCAUUCGUCGAGAACCUACUCUCUUCAGCAACGAUCAAACUGUUUGCUAAGAGGGGUGGUGAAAGGUCAGGCUUUAAUAGAAAAGGUUAUAUUGAUCCUUUAAUUGUUUUACAGAUAAGGUGGUUGACAAGUAUUUAACUCAAGAGAAAUAUUGCUCCGCUGUUCUGCUUAGUUUGAAAUUUCUUCAAGUGUUGUCAUUAAAUGAUCAGUUAUAUUCUGAUUCUAAAGGUGAGUUUUAAAUUUUGUGUGCUGUUAAAAAAGACUGGAACACAAGGUAAAACCUUAUAAUUAUACUCGCAUCACUGCAUUUUCUGUAAGCAAAACAAGAUUUUUUUAGUGAGUCUAGUCCCUAGACUUAAUAUCAUCAUCUUGCCAAUGUUCGAUAUUUUUAGUUAUACUGAAGAGGGAAAAUAAAUGCAAAAACAUCGGACGUUACCUUUAUUUAACUGAAGCUGGCUACUGUAAAUUCAAAAUUCAAUACAGGUCUGUGUAUUUUUCCAAACAGGUCUACAGGAAACUGUGAAUAUGACCUGCAGACAAUUUUCAGACGUAAAUUCCUCGUCAAGUCAAGUUGAAUGUGUGAAGCUGGUAAGUGACUUACGAAGUUCUGCUCGCUCAGCAGGCCAGCUGCCAGAGAUGAUUUUGCUAAGUGAUUAUGUUCACUUCUGGAGAAUUUUAAAAAAGCAUGCUCUAUAAGUCCUUAGAGGUUUAUACUUGUACCUAUUUUGUUAUUACCUUAAAACAAGGAGAAAGCAUCAUAAUAGUAACUUCGAUUUGGCUUUUGCAAACAAACUUCAAUUUGCCAAUGAUCCUUUCUUUCUGUUUGGAAGUCAUUGACUAAUGCUUGAGUUCGAGAUAACUCCUAGUGGCUACAGUGGCUGUACGUUUUGGAUGGAUUCGUUACUGCCCUCUGAUUCACUUAGAUCUAAAGCGGACGUCUUAGCUCUGUAGAUGCAAUGUUAAAUGCGUCAUUUGACUCAUCAGCACUGCCACUUAGCUACUGAGGAUGACCUAUUGUUAUAAUAGGCUCUUCUUAUUUUCAUUGCGUUAGCAGGACAAUUGUAUGAUCAUGACGUCUUUUUACCACAACUACUAGAGUUCUUCAGUUUUUUGUUUGCUUGUGAAAAUUAUGGUUAUUGUUUUUCAAUCCUCAGGUUAGGGUUUGACAAAUUUAAAAGCGAAAACGAAACGCAUUCUGGUAGUUGUAGUCAAAUGUCGUCACCAUGAAAUCCUGGAAAACGGCCUCAGACUGAAACGUUUUUUCCAAUUCACUUAUCAGUCAUAUUUUGUGUUGUAGUAUUGUUGUGUUACCAGCCAUCAGACAGGUCACUCAGUCAUGUUUAAAGACACUCGCUCUACUCCCCUUGCUGCUGUCACUGUGAACUGUCUUCUGAGCAAAAAUGAAGAUCUCACUACCGUAGGCGCUGCAUUGGCUUCAAAUAUUGCUCGAUUUAAGGUAACUUGUAUGUUCUCAACCAUUCACAGUGCGCGAGUACAGUACUUUGACAAGACUUAUUCAGACACGUUAAAAAGACCCAUGAGAUUUUUCGUUUAUUGGUGACUUAUAGUGUUCCUGUAGCGUUAAUUUCUUCAUUGGAUUAUCAAAACGUUUGGAUUUGAAAUUUACACCAUCCUUUCAGAGGAUACAAAUAAUAAUAAAGUUUCUAAGCAUAACAAAAUUGGAGAAUGAAGGACAGCUAUCCCGCGAGCAAGCUUUCCUAUUUGGGCGAGCGAAGCGAGCCGCGCGAGAACGCGCGAGCGAGCCGUUAGCGGCCGAGGAAAGGAGAGCCUCCAAUGAUGUCUCAUAAAUUUUCAAUUGUUACUUCGCCCAGACGAAGGGAGAUACCAUUGGCUGAAAAUGACGUUCCGAAUAUCAAAGUUGAUUGAUAACAGGCUCAGCUGGCCUGCCCGAAAUUUUCGCGGCAAACGUAGAAACACGAUGCUCUUAUUCCCAAAACCCGUGUUGUGUCGGCGAUCGCUGAACUCACUCCGAAAAAGGAGACCGGCAGAGGAAGAAAAUCGCUUUCUCCUUCUGUGAGAGUUAACUGUCGUGUGUGUGUCAAAUUUGGUUCUCAGGGGGAUCAUACUGGAACCGAGAGCUUGUUUCAGCUCUCAAAACAGGCGGGCUCGUUUGAUGUAAUUCUCGCAAAGCUGUACGUGUGAAAGUGUUGGAUUGCCAAUAGAAUAUUGCGAGCCGAGGAUAAAUCGAGGAUAAAACUGAGUUUGUAGUUCUUGUGGAAGGAAAAGCAGAGCCCUUUAUCAGUUGUAUCCCCCAAAUGGAGAGCUUGCUCACACGCUAAGGACAGCAAGUGAUGGACCCAUCACAUGAAUGUCAUUAUCCCCUCUCGAGAACAGUGAACAAUUAUGAACAUACACUGUAGUGGUAAUUAAAUUUAUUUAUUUAUUCAGGUACACGAAGAAAUUGCCCUUGAGUGUUCGACAGCUGUUAUUGAAGUUUUGAGCAAGGAUGUGUCACCAGAAACAGGUCGGUCUUUCACACAGAAUUCUGCUCGCUUUUAAAGUGUCUCGCCCUGCAUGAGGCUGUUGUGUUGAGAUCUCGCGCGUUUCCAACCCAUGGUAAUUCUGGGUGAGGAUUAGAGAAGAGGAAGAUUUUCUUUCCAAAUUGAAGUUUUAAAGCUCUGAAUACGUUCUCUGCCUACCAUAUAAAAAAAUUCCGUCUAAGGUGGGAGGUGAUUCGGGGAGGCGAUUAAUCGAGGGAAUGCCAUUAUUCGAGGAAGUAUGGACAAAUGGCUAGUUAAUAUUAGAAAGUCUGUUCAUAAAUUAGUUUUCUCUUACCCUCAUAGGCUUCUAAAGCUCGUUUUCUUUUCAAAGCAUGAACUCAUUUAUCUUUUGUUUCAUUGUUGUCAGGUCAUAACUGCCUUUACGCAUUGAGAAGAUUUAUAGACUGCAGUUCUGAGGUAGUUUAAUUUUCUUGUCUAAAUUCUGUCACAAAACUUUAAACACUUUGAUUUAACUUGACAGAUUAGUUUUGCGCUGGCUUUUCACAGUAAAGUUCAAGGCACACGCACUUUCUCAAAACGCUAACAUGCCAUCUGAUUACAGUUGAAACUCUACGGGCGAGGCCAGCUCCCUUAAACGGCCUCCUUUCCAAUUCACAAUUUUUAUGUGAUUGCUUACCUUUUCUCUCUUAUUUAAUAUCCACAUUGUUUGUUUGUUAAGCCAUCAUUAAGCAUCAUUCGUAUCGUGCCCUAGUAGGUGUAUCUACAUAUUCAUCUGCAAAGCAGUAGCUUACCUUUUAAAGGCAGGAUCGGGUUACUUAGAUAAAUAUUUACAAAAUAAAACCCGAUUAUCGAUGCGACAGACAACUGCAAUAAUUUUUUGUUUGCUUCAGGUGGCAGGUCUUGCAAGUGUGUUGGGACUCAGUGUGGAAAAGUUUAAAGGAAGCAGUACUGAAAUGGAUGAAAUUUGUAAAGACUUAGAGAAACUUCUCAGCUGACGAACACUCCGGGGCUCUCAUUAGUCAGUCAACAUAUGUUGAUUCAAAAGCUGCUGUUUUGAACACCAGACUCUUAUCAGAGCGGAUUAUGAGUGAUUGGUUCAUGUAGAGAAUUUGGGAGCCGAACAAAUUUUUGGCAAAACUUCAUCUCUAAACUCGGCGUUGUAAAUUCCAAUGGAAACAAAGGAAUAUAUAACCCACAUACAAUCACGAUCCAUUGAUUUACACGGCUCUGACAAAACUGCUAGUGCUCGAGUCGCGGCCAGCUUUUGAAUCUCCUUUGGAAAAGAGAAUGUUAAUUUUUGUUUAUAAUGGAAGUCGUUAAGCGUUAGUGCUUUGACGGGUUUACAGGCAUUAAAAUCUAAUAACCACAAGCAAAUAAUUCAAGGAUAACGUAACAUGGUUUACGCUUCAAAACACAAGGCAAACUGUUAGGUAAACUGUUGGUCAUUUACAAACAUGGCCAAGAACUUAAAAUCGUUACGAUCGCCAAACAAGUCCUCUUCCUUCUCCCAAGUGAUUAUUACCUCAUAGAAGGCCUUACUGCUGAACGUUCUUCGUUAGUUUUUGCCUCAAAAGAACGUGACUGAAACUGAAAGGAACUGCAAAUAAAUGAACGCUUGGA